AAAGUGCACAAAUCUUCUCAGCCUGGUCUCUCUACACCAAGACGUUGAGGGAGAGUGCAAGGAACAACACUUCCAUGAAAAUGGCACCAACAGGCACGAAAAAGGGAAUUCUGGAACGGCUCGGUGCAGGGGAGGUCGUAAUCGGAGAUGGUGGGUUCGUCUUUGCCCUGGAGAAAAGAGGCUAUGUCAAGGCAGGGCCGUGGACGCCAGAGGCUGCAGCGGAGCAUCCAGAGGCUGUGCGACAGCUGCACAGAGAAUUUCUGAGGGCGGGAUCGAAUGUCAUGCAGACAUUUACAUUCUACGCCAGCGAUGACAAACUGGAGAACAGGGGCAACAAGUUAACCUUCACAGGUCAGCAGAUCAAUGAGGCGGCGUGUGACCUGGCCCGAGAGGUGGCUGACGAGGGCGAUGCUCUGGUGGCUGGAGGCGUGUCCCAGACUCCCACAUACUUGAGCGGCAAGAGCGAGGAUGACGUGAAGGCCAUUCUUAAGAAGCAGCUUGAGGUCUUCAUCAAGAAAGAUGUGGACUUCCUGAUUGCUGAGUAUUUUGAGCAUGUUGAGGAGGCUGAAUGGGCAGUUCAGGUGCUGAAGGCCACUGGAAAACCUGUUGCUGCCAAUCUGUGCAUCGGACCAGAGGGUGACAUGCAUGGAGUUAGCCCAGCAGAGUGUGCUGUCCGCCUGGUUAAGGCAGGUGCUGAUAUUAUUGGAGUCAACUGUCACUUUGACCCCAUGACCUGUGUGAAGACUGUGAAGAUGAUGAAGGAAGGUGUUGAGAAGGCGGGGCUUAAGAGUCACUACAUGGUGCAGCCAUUGGCUUUCCACACCCCCGACUGCGGCUGUCAAGGCUUCAUUGAUUUGGUUGAAUUCCCCUUUGCCCUGGAGCCCAGGAUCCUGACCCGGUGGGACAUGCAGCAGUAUGCCAGAGAGGCCUACAAAGUAGGUAUCCGGUACAUCGGAGGCUGCUGUGGAUACGAGCCAUACCACAUCCGUGCUGUGGCUGAAGAGCUGGCACCAGAGAGGGGUUUCCUUCCUGCUGCCUCCGAAAAACAUGGCUUGUGGGCCAGUGGCCUAGAGAUGCACACUAAACCAUGGGUUAGAGCCAGGGCCCGUCGUGACUACUGGGAAAACCUCAAGCCUGCCUCUGGAAGACCUAAGUGCCCAUCCUUGUCAACACCCGACGGUUGGGGUGUAACCCAGGGCCACGCUGAACUGGUUCAGCAGAAGGAGGCCACUACCCAGGACCAGCUCAAACCCCUCUUUGAAAAGGCCAAGCAUUGAGUCCAAGCGGAGAAUGAGCGGGGGGGCACUGGAGGCCAAAAUCAUCCAUGUAAAGCUGCCUGUAGUUUGAUUUACUGGAGAUUCCCGUUAUACCCCCCCCCCCCCCCCCCCUACUUAUUAUCCACACAAGUUUGCAAACAUAUUACAAAGAUAAUACAGUGAAGUGAACUUGUUGGUGUCAGGACCAGUCUUCAGUUUUCUACAUUGUUAUAUAUUUCACUUAGAGUUCCUCUUGCAAUAGAAAAAAGACAACACAUAAUAACCACAUCAUUCUCGAUGAAAUCCAGCAGCAUUUAGAGGAAAAUGAACUAUGAUUGAAAUCUAAAAAUGUAGACUGAUUUAAGGUUACCACAUUGAUUUCAAAUAGUAAAAGGUAUUUGUAGCAAAGCUGCAUUCCAUGUUUCCUGAACGCUCCAUAGUUAUGACAGUGUUGACCAUUGGUUUUUUAAGGUUCAAUAAAACUUCCAAAUGAUACUCA